AUGAGAUUUUAUGGCAUCGUGUGUGUCAUGGGCCGGGGACACGUGUCAGUCAGCGUCGGGCGUCGGGGCGGGCGCUAUGACGAUGUCCGCGCCACGAACCGCCACCACGCCAGCCGGGACAGCUCGACUAAGAGUUCAUCUCUCCGUUCCAGGUUCGCCGCGGCACUGAUGAGGAGACACCGUCUGCGGGCACCGCGUGAACCAGCGGUGUCGGCCCACGGCGGCCGAGCGGCUGCGACGGAAGGCACGACGAGCAGCGCGGGCUGCGGGCCCGCGAUGAGCGCGAACAACUGCGACAGCAUGACGUACUUCUCGAACGCGUACAUGCCCGACAUGAGGAACGGGGCCGGCCACGAGCACCAGCAGGCGCACGCGCACUACGGCGCGGUGCCGCAGCAGGGCCACGAGAUGGACGGCUGCGAGCAGCUGAGGCCCGCCCAGCACCACUACGCCGCGCAGCCGGCGCCUGGGAUGCCGUACCCGCGCUUCCCGCCCUACGACCGGCUUGGCUACUACCAGCAGAUGGAGCAGAACGGCUACCGGCCGGACAGCCCCUCGCAGAUGGGCCACAUGGGCCAGAAGACGGACGGCUACGGGCCGAACGGGCACCAACCGCCCGCGCCGGCGGUUUACACGUCGUGCAAGCUGCAGGCGGCGGCGGCGACCGCGGGCGGGGUCCCCGGCAGCCCGCCGCUCGAGCAGGCGCAGCAGAUGCCCCACCACAUGCACCCGCAGCAGCACAUGGUGCAGCACGGCGUGCCCCACCAGCAGCACCUCAUGUACCCGGUGGACGACAUGCAGCACCAGACCCAGAUGCCGCCGAUGCACCAACAAUCGAUGCACGCGCAGCAACCGCCCCCGCAGCAGCCGCCGCCGAACACCAACGCCUCGCUGCCCAGCCCGUUGUACCCCUGGAUGCGGAGUCAGUUCGAGCGGAAGCGGGGCAGGCAGACCUACACCCGGUACCAGACUUUGGAGCUGGAGAAGGAGUUCCACUUCAACCGGUACCUGACGCGGCGGAGGAGGAUCGAGAUCGCGCACGCGCUCUGCCUCACCGAGCGCCAGAUCAAGAUCUGGUUCCAGAACCGCCGCAUGAAGUGGAAGAAGGAGAACAAGACCAAAGGCGAGCCGGGUUCUGGAGACGAGCCGGACAACAUGAGCCCGCCGACUUCACCCCAG